UCGUGUCAUUACGAUUUCGUGAGUCAAGUUAUUAUUAUUUAUUAUUAAGUUGAGAGCAGCAGCGCCAUCUGUUGAGUGCUGGUGAGUGAGAGUGAGUGAGGUGGCAGGUUGUGUGUGGCAGGCUGAGCCAGGCCGCCUCACCCAACACUCUUACAUCAACUAUGUUAGACCCAGGAGGCCUCCGCCUCCUUAUUAUUCCAACUUUGACAUGCAUAGCUGAGGCACUGCAAGAGUUUUCCACUGAAGAGUGUUUUGCAGUGGGUUUAAACAAGGCGAACCUUCUUUGUUCAUCAUGCGAUACCCUGAAGGAGUUCAAUCUUGAUAUUUUAGAAUCAAACUGCAGAAAAUGCUGCAAUGUGGAUGAUGUCAAUGCCUCUCCAACAAAGUAUCCACGAGCACAGUUAGAAGUCUGUGGAUGACGACUGGGAGCCUUUCCGCAGGUCCAGGCAUUCGUGAAGAGUGACCGGCCUGCAGCUUUCCCAAACCUUACUAUUAAGUAUGUAAGAGGAGCAGAUCCAGUCAUUAAACUGAUGGAUGAAGAUGGUGAUGUAAUGGAGACAUUAGCUAUUGACAAAUGGAAUACUGACUCUGUAGAAGAGUUUCUUAACACAUACUUAAUUCUUCCUGGUCAAGAGGAGGAUGACACAAAUACCAUGACUAAUGAAAUUUAGUUUUUUUUUUUACUUUUCAUGGAUAAAUGGGGGUAGGGGGUUGGAGACAUAGCAAGUAAAUUAUACCUAAUAUAUUUUUUUAAGUGAAUAUCCUAAAGAAUAAUGUAAGUAUUGAAUGAAUCUUAGUUACUUUCAAGAAACCGUUGAUUGUGCAGCUUGUAGUAAAUGCCAAUUAUAGUAUUUGUUUUUAAAUUAUAAAAUUUUUCUGUAAUCCAGGGUGUUUUAUAAAGGAUUUUAUUUUUUAUGUAAUUAGUUUGAGACAUCUCGCUGUCAUGCUCAUAUUUAGUUUGGUGACAUUAAUAUAUUUAAACAGUUACUCUCCCAGUAUUUAAACUAGCAGUAUGUAAUAUAAAUUUAAGUUGUUAUACUUGGCAUAUAUCUUAGGUGGCUCAGAGGGCAAGAUAGAAGCAAGAUGAUGCAGGAGCUGUAAACCCCUGGGGGUCAGUUCUAGUGGAAGUUGGCUUAUUCUUUCCCUUGAGGCAACACUUCUGAUUUCUUGCACUCGUUACAAUAAAAAAAUAUAUAAA